AUGACGUCCACGUCGCAACACAGCGAGAACCUCGUGAAGAUCAAGGACCAUCUCAAGUCGUUGCACGCGCGAGGCGAGUGCGCGACGCUCGCGGAGUGCAAAGAAUUCGUGAAGGAGGUCGUCACCGCGUCCGAGGCGCAGGCCGCGGAGGACUUCCACCUCCUCGGCGUCCUCACCGAGCAAGUUUCGCAGGUCGGCGCGGAGCAUUUACUCCCGGCGCUGACCGUGGGCGCGCCGGUGUACAACACGGACACGCGAGACAUGAUCGACAGCAUCCUUCACGCGCAAGAGCGCGGAGGGCCGUCGGAGAGGGAGAGCAACACGGGCGUCGCCGCGGAGAGCGUGCGACGGAAAGUGAACCAGCGGCUGAUCGACUUGAUAGACAUCGUCGCCGUGUGCCGCGCGGAGCGGAUCAAGCUCCUCGCGGAGCUCGUCACCGCGAGUCGGAACCGGCCGAACCUCGCGAAGUAG